CAUUUGUUUUAAUUUAAGAUGGCAAAUAUCGUGGUUUAUCACAGGAUUAGAGACCACUUGUUUUACAUGAGCCUUAGUUCAGAGAACAGAGAACUCGGGGCAGGUUUAUUUCUAUGGACGUGUAUUAAGGACGACGUAACGUUGGAAACAAAAGUCUAGGCGAGGCCGUGGGCUGCGGACUAUAUUGAAUCAAGAUAGUUCAGGAGAACAAUCUGGCUUUCUGUGAAAUGUGCUGAGCAACAGUAAACUGCCUUGGAUUUUCAUCCGCCGUCAUUUCUGAGAAGGAGCCGAUGGAAAUCACCUGACGUCUAUGGGGAGAGUGAAGUAAAUAUGGAGGAAGACAGCGUUAAACAGGAGAGGGUGGGGUCUCCGUGUCUGUCCAUGAAGAGUGAUUGGUCCAUGGACAGGCCCAUUAAGUUUGGAAAAGGUGCCAGUGGUAAACAGGAGAGGGUGGGGUCUCCGUGUCUGUCCAUGAAGAGUGAUUGGUCCAUGGACAGGCCCAUUAAGUUUGGAAAAGGUGCCAGUGGUAAACAGGAGAGGGUGGGGUCUCCAUGUCUGUCCAUGAAGAGUGAUUGGUCCAUGGACAGGCCCAUUAAGUUUGGAAAAGAUAUCUGUGUUAAUCAGGAGAGGGUGGGGUCACCGUGUCUGUCCAUGAAGAGUGAUUGUUCCAUGGACAGGCCCAUUAUGUUUGGAAAAGAUGCCAGUGAGCUGACAGCCAGUCUACUGACAGAGGACCACUUCAGAUGUUCAGUGUGUACAGAGGUUUUCAAAGAGCCAGUCUCCAUCCCCUGUGGACACAGUUACUGCAGACGGUGCAUUGAGACCUACUGGAACCAGCCUGACCAGACAGGAGACUACGACUGUCCCCAGUGCAGAAAGAGAUUCAGAACCCGUCCUGACCUCCUCACUAACUCAGCCUUGGAGAAGGUGAUUGAGAAACUCCACCAGGCAGGGUUCAAGGUCCCUGCUCUUCCCAAGCACUGCUACGCUGGACCUGAAGAUGUGGCCUGUGAUCUCUGCACUGAGAAACAGCUCAAAGCUGUGAAGUCCUGUCUGACCUGCACUGCCUCCUACUGUGAGAGACAUGUCAAGCAUCACUACACUGUAGCAGCUCUACAGAGACACACCCUGGUGGAGGUGACUGGAAACCUGGAGCAGAAACUGUGCCAGCUGCACCACAGAGCUCUGGAGGUCUUCUGUAAGACAGACCAGGUUUCUGUUUGUGUUCUGUGUGCCUUGCAGGACCACAAGAACCACGAUGUCAUAAAGAAUGAGAGAGAUACUGAAGAGGAAAACACCAAAACUCAGGAGGAACAGAUUGCCUCCAGGCUGGAAGCUCGACUCCAGAGAGAGAUCAUGAUUCUACAACAUAAUACAGAGGAGCUUCCUGCUGAGAACUCUGAACAGAAUGUCAAGAACGCGACCAUUGAGCUGAACAAUCCUGCCAAGCAUUUCUGCAGAAGCCUGACUGAAGACUGGACAGCAGACAGUGUUGUGGUGGCUGCCCUCGGUCGUCCCUUCGAUCUUGGGAUGUUGUAUGACUGCCGCAGUGACUCAUUUUAUUCAGAUGUCAGUCUUUGGGAUGACAGUACAAUAGCCUUCAUGCGUCAGUCUCUACCUCGGCCUCUCACAGAGGUGAAGUGUAUUGAAGGAGACUCCCUUCAGGACAGAUUCAGGGCUCUGGAUGUGACCACUCCUCUCAGAGCCAGUGUCUUGUCUGGACUGGUGGAGGUUGGAGGUGCUGCUGGAUACCUGAACCAUCCUGUUCAGUCCACACUGCAGGACCGGGUCACUCUACAGUACAGAACCACUACCAGACUGGACAUGCUCAGUCACAGGGUGCUUCAGGAGGAGACAGUCAGAACACAACGAAAGGCAACUCAUGUGGUCAUGGCUGUUCUCUAUGGAGCUCAAGCAUUCUUUACCUUUGAUUACAAACACAUCAACGGACAACACAGUGGUGCAGGAGAGGCAGAUAUGCACAGUGUUGUAAAGAAGAUGAUCCCCACCUUCAGUGCAGAUCAGAUCUUUUACAGCUUGAGUGACACUGAGAAACUGAACAGUUCGUUGUAUCAGUGUACUCUCUACUGUGAUUUAGACCAUAUCAAUGGCUCCAUGACGUAUGACAGAGCUCUAAAAGUCUAUGAAACUUUCCCGAAGCACCUUGGACAGCAAGGAGAGAAAGCAGUGCCUCUGUACGCAUGGCUCUAUCCUCUGAAGAAUCUGGACAAUUCUGUUGAAAUUCAAUUUUUCACAAAGGCAGAGGGUGUGCUGGACCAUCUGAGGCAGGCCACCAUGAGAUGCCAGGAGAUGAUGACAGACUUCACCAAUGGUUGUGUGAUGAAAUGGUUUCCUGAUCUGAAGUAUAAACUGUCUAGAUUAUCAGAGCUUCUGCAGAAGUACCAGUCGGAGUUUAAGAUAGAGCUGGCCAUGGCAGUAAAGACCAUGAGAGAGAGUGAAGGGGUGGAUGAAAACAGACUGAGAGACAUUCUCCAGAACCAUGACCAGUCACCGUUCUGUCUUCAGUCUAUACAGUUGUGGCUAAACAACAAGGCAGCGGAGGUGAGGGCUCUGAAUGUCUGUAAAACAAGAAACAUCCCCAUGAUGAAAUCUCAGGAAGAGCUGGACGGUGUCCUCAGAUCCUCAAAGGACAGGCUGCUGUGUUUCACUCUGACCUCCCUGGAGGAUGAAGAUCCAUUCCUCUCCACCAUGGAGCAGCACAAACACUCUGUUCCAAUGAACACCGUGAACCAAUCUGAUCUCACUGGACAGCAGCACAAACACUCUGUUCCAAUGAACACCGUGAACCAAUCUGAUCUCACUGGACAGCAGCACAAACACUCUGUUCCAAUGAACACCGUGAACCAAUCUGAUCUCACUGGACAGCAGCACAAACACUCUGUUCCAAUGAACACCGUGAACCAAUCUGAUCUCACUGGACAGCAGCACAAACACUCUGUUCCAAUGAACACCGUGAACCAAUCUGAUCUCACUGGACAGCAGCACAAACACUCUGUACAAGAGAACACCAUGUACCAAUCUGAUCUCACUGGACAGCAGGAGACACAGCGACCAUUCAAACCUCCCGAUUUAACUCAGAAAAUACAGUCUGCCCUCCGCUUGUUCACCAAAUCCUAUGAAGACAGCGGAGAUGGAGAGAACAUCAAGUUCAUAGCAGCAGUUAUACAUGAUAUCAGUAUUCCUGGAUCCUCCAUUCGUCUGUAUCAACAAGGCAGUAUCAUCACCACCAACUUUCAGCUGGGAUUAAAACCUGAUCCAUUCCAGGUAGCAGAGAUAAAACAGAGCUGUGUCUUCCUGCAGUUUCCACAGUCAACCAUCAGAAGACCUGAGAGGUACAGAGUAGAGUACAGAGUCAUGACUACUGGUGUUAGCAAGGUUAGCAAACGGCCAUGGAAUGUAGUAGACACCCUGGCUCCUGCAGAAACCUGUCUGGUGCCAGGUCUGAAACCGUUCACACUGUACCACAUCAGGUACUCUGUUAUAGAACACUCUGGUAUGAGUGACUUCAGCAAGGUCAUUGAGGUCAAGACCCUGAGAUCCCCACCUGAACAGCUGUAUGUGAGCCGGCUGCUGAACAAAACAAAGGAAACCGUCAAAGUGACUUGGUUCCAGCCAGAGUGUGAAGAUGGUGCCUCUGUACUCCACUACAAAGUAGACUAUAAAGAGACAGGACUGGAGGGCUGGUCUACCAUGGUAACAGAGGGACCUGAAUGUUACUGUGAUGUAACUCUGAACCUCAGUACCUGCUACAGAGUCAGAGUGUCAGCUGUCUAUGGAGAAGGAGACACCAGUGAAACCAGCAGAGAGACAGAUGUCCCAGUCAAUGGUGAGUUUCUACAUAACUAUUUAGGAAUGAUGAGGAAACUAAAGGUUACCCUGUCCUGACCUAGCUAAUUAUCA